AUGGCAUCUGAGAAAAACAAAGUGGAGGAUGAGGCUGUCUUGGACAGAGGAGCAGCCUUUGUCAAGCACGUCUGUGAUGAAGAGGAAGUAGAAGGUCACCACACUGUGUACGUUGGAGUGCAUGUUCCAAAGAGCUACCGCCGCAGGAGGCGUCACAGACGCAAGUCCAGCCACAAAGAGAAGAGGGAGCGAGCGGAGCAUGUCAGCGAGGGCUACAAGUCUGACGGGGACAAUGCAGACGACUGUGUCUCCAGUGUCCUCAAGCCCCUCAUUUCUCCAGCAGAUAGAAUCCGGUUUAUGCUGGGAGAAGACGACGAUGGCCCCCCUCCUCCACAGCUCUUCACUGAGCUAGAUGAGCUGCUGUCUGUGGAUGGACAUGAGAUGGAGUGGAAGGAGACGGCCAGAUGGAUCAAGUUUGAGGAGAAAGUGGAGAAGGGAGGUGAGCGGUGGAGUAAGCCCCAUGUGGCGACUCUUUCUCUACACAGUCUGAUGGAACUGAAGACGUGCAUUGAAAAGGGCACAAUCAUGCUUGACCUGGAAGCCACCACCCUGCCUCAAGUUGUUGAGGUAAUCACGGACAACCAGAUUGAAAAUGGACAGCUAAAGCCUGAGCUAAAGGAGAACGUCAUGUACACUCUGCUGAGGAAACACCGGCAUCAAACGAAGAAAUCCAACUUGCGUUCACUCGCCGACAUCGGAAAAAGUGUCUCCAGUGCAAGUCGAUUGUUUUCUAACCCUGAAAAUGUACGCAACCCCCAAGAGCAUGUGCCUUCUUUUACCCCUCAAGACCCAGAGGAACCAUGUGAGGAGGUCAUAAGAAGCUCCAGCAGCAUGGGAUACCUCUGUAGUCCAACAACUGCCCACCGAAACCUCACAUCCAACAGCCUGAGUGACUUCUCCGAUAAGCCAGAGAAGGAUCAGCUCAAGAACAAAUUUAUGAAAAAACUCCCACGUGACGCCGAGGCCUCAAACGUAUUGGUCGGAGAGGUGGAUUUUCUGGAAAGCCCUUUUGUGGCAUUUGUUCGUCUGCAACAAGCAGUCAUGCUUGGGGCUUUAACUGAGGUCCCUGUGCCUACCAGGUUCCUGUUUGUCCUCCUGGGUCCCAAAGGAAAAGCCAAGUCUUAUCAUGAGAUUGGGAGGGCUAUUGCAACGCUGAUGUCUGAUGAGAUUUUUCAUGAUAUCGCCUACAAAGCCAAAAACAGACAGGACCUUCUGGCUGGCAUUGAGGAGUUCCUCGAUGAGGUCAUUGUUCUGCCCCCUGGCGAAUGGGACCCUGACAUCAGAAUAGAGCCCCCUAAAUCUCUGCCCUCAUCAGAUAAGAGAAAGAACAUGUAUUCUGGGGCAGAUCCUCCUCAUAUGAACGGAGACGCUCUCCACGAAGCAGGGAACGGUGGAGCGGGAGGAGGAGGGCAUGAGGUCGGAGAGGAACUUCAACGCACAAAUAAAUUUUGCGGUGGCCUCAUCCUGGAUAUCAAGCGAAAGUUGCCAUUUUUUGCCAGUGACUUUUAUGAUGCUUUGCACAUUCAGUCACUUUCUGCCAUCUUGUUUAUUUACCUGGGCACAGUCACCAAUGCCAUAACAUUUGGAGGCUUGCUCGGAGACGCAACAGAGAAUAUGCAGGGUGUGCUGGAAAGUUUCCUGGGCACGGCGUUGACGGGAACACUCUUCUGUCUACUGUCUGGUCAACCUCUCACCAUUCUCAGCAGUACAGGCCCAGUGCUGGUCUUUGAAAAACUCCUCUUCAACUUCAGCAAAGACAAUGCCUUUGACUAUCUGGAGUUUCGUCUGUGGAUCGGUUUGUGGUCGGCCCUGUUCUGUCUGGUGCUGGUUGCUACCGAUGCUAGUUUCCUGGUGCAGUACUUCACUCGCUUUACAGAGGAAGGAUUCUCUGCUCUCAUCAGCUUCAUCUUCAUUUAUGACGCAUUUAAGAAGAUGCUCAAGUUGGCUCACCAUAACCCUAUUCAUUCUUACCAUGAUGUCAACCUCAUCACCCAAUAUGACUGUAACUGUAUUCCAGGAAACACAUCAGAACUUCUUGAUCUUGAUGCCUUGACAAACAGUACAGAUCUGCCGGUCAAUGCCACUUGGGACUUUCUCACCGUGACCCAGUGCUUGCAGUAUGGGGGUCGUCUGGUUGGUGAGACCUGUGGCUAUGUGCCUGACAUCACCCUCAUGUCCUUCAUCUUGUUCUUUGGGACUUACACUUGUUCUAUGGGCCUGAAGAAGUUUAAGACGAGCCGUUUCUUUCCUACUCGCGUGAGGAAGCUCAUCAGUGACUUUGCCAUCAUCUUAGCCAUUCUUCUCUUCUGUGGCGUGGAUGCCUUCAUUGGAGUCGACACUCCGAAACUCAUUGUGCCAAGUGAAUUCAAGCCUACAAGUCCAGCGAGGGGAUGGUUUGUGGCUCCGUUUGGGGGAAACCCUUGGUGGGUGUAUCUGGCGGCUGCGUUGCCUGCUCUGUUGGUCACCAUCCUGAUCUUCAUGGACCAACAGAUCACUGCCGUCAUUGUCAACAGAAAAGAACACAAACUAAAGAAAGGAGCAGGUUAUCACUUGGACUUGUUCUGGGUGGCUGUCCUCUUGAUUGUGUGUUCCUUCAUGGGUUUGCCGUGGUACGUGGCUGCCACAGUCAUCUCCAUUGCCCACAUCGACUCUCUGAAGAUGGAAACAGAGACAUCGGCCCCGGGAGAGCAGCCAAAGUUCCUGGGAGUCAGGGAGCAGAGAGUCACCGGCAUCUUCGUGUUCCUCCUCACCGGGCUGUCAGUUUUCAUGGCUCCUAUCCUCAAGUUCAUCCCAAUGCCUGUGCUGUAUGGAGUGUUUCUGUACAUGGGUGUAGCCUCUCUCAAUGGCGUUCAAUUCAUGGAUCGAUUACAACUCCUUCUGAUGCCAGCCAAACAUCAACCUGAUCUCAUCUACUUGCGGCAUGUGCCCCAGAGAAGAAUCCACCUCUUUACCUUCAUCCAGGCUCUUUGCUUGGCUUUGCUCUGGAUCCUCAAAUCGACUGUUGCUGCCAUCAUAUUCCCGGUCAUGAUCCUUGCAUUAGUGGCGGUACGCAAGGCCAUGGACUAUCUCUUCUCUCAACACGACCUCAGUUAUCUGGACGACGUAAUACCAGAAAAGGAUAAAAAGAAGAAGGAAGACGAGAAGAAGAAGAAAGGCAAGAAGGGGAGCAUAGACAGCGAGAUCGACUACUCUGACUAUCCCUACCAUGAAAAUGUUCCCAGUAUUAAAAUUUCCAUGGAUCUGUUGGAGCAGGAGCCCAUGUUGAAGAAUAAGUCUGUGGAUAGAGAUGAUCUUCCACGGUGGCCGAGUAAUCUGGACAGAGCCGCGCAUGCUAACGGCUCACCUCAGAUACGAACACACUGUGACUCCAUGGAACACUUAUUCUUGGGGAAGAAGGGCUCUGAAACUGAUCUGUGA